AUGCCAAAAGGGCGUGAUUUAAAAAGCAAAUUAAAACAUUAUUCUCAUAACUCACCACAACAACAACACACCCAUAACCGACGAACAGGAGAUUCUUCCUCAACAACGAGUACUGAUACUUCUUUGGUGACCGAACGACUAGCUCAAUUACGCAUCGAACAAUUACGAGCUGAAAAAAACAGACAACAGCGACUACUACAGCAGCAGCAACAGCAAGGAAUUCUAGGACAAGUAUUAUUAGGUCAGAAUGAUCAAGAUGAAGCGAUAACAAGUUGCAUUCCAUCAAGUACAACAACACCGUCAAGGUCGACAAGUUCUUUGUCAGGAUCCUCACACUAUUAUUCUCCACGGGUAGCAGGACCAGCGCCACCACCAUCAUGGACAAGAAGAGCUGUCGUACGUCGCCCUCCCGCAGCCAAUCGCCCUUUUUCCGAAACGACGACUACGUCCGCCGCUGCCGCUAGUAGUAGUAGUAGUAGUAGUUUACGUGAGCAAUGUGCAUACCUUGCCACAGAUAUUGUAUUGCAACAACCAAGCGUUGUCUCUACAUUAUCGAUGGCGACCAAACAGCUUGUUUUGAACCGGCUUGGAUUACGAUUGACGGACGCGAUCUUGCCGUAUUUUCGAGACGAGCAUUAUAGUCAAUUGUUUUUGCACAGUGCGCCCAUUUCGUUUUCGGCCUUUGUGCGUUGUUUUUGGCGUAUCGAGCCAUUGUCUCCAGCAGAAGCUAUCCAAGGUCAUGACGACGACGCGAUGGGAGAGGCCAAAGAAGAUCUGGCCGAAGAUUGGGAGGAGCAAGAAGAAAGACGGGACAAUUUGGAUGGCGAUGUUGGGGAUGUUGUACGCUACACAUACGAUCCGUCUUUGGACUGGGCCUUGGAACCCAUCAUUCAAUUACUCAAACAACCGGUGGACCAAGACCACAUCCUCACGACGCCGCUCUCCAUGAAACUGAUCACCCUUGAUGUGUCAUUUAUUCCAUUACCGGCCUGUGCUGCGCAUUUGAUUGCUGCGACAUUGCCCCAGCUGACUAAUUUAUCCGUAGCCGGCUGUUUUGCCACGGAUCCCGGGUUGGCCAACGUGUUGGCACGGCGUAUGAAACAAUUGCGACGAUGGGAUAUCGGAUACCAUGGAUGGCUUGAUCUGACGUCGAUCGGUACCAUUGAUUGGAAACGUGAUUUGCUCCAUUUGCAAUGGUUGGGCGUGGCCAUGUGUGGACGGGAUUUCAAUGGUGGACAAGAAAUGGCUGAAUCGAUUCAUCAACACCGACGUCAACAACAACUGCGCAUAACAACUACCAGUAGUAGUACAUAG